GACAAUUGAGUUCGACAUUCGUCAUCCGGCCGAUGGAUCAACUUGGUGUUGUCAAGUCAACCAAACAAAUUUGGAGUUUGCGAUAUAAUAAAUUGUUUCCGUCGAUUAAUUCGCAUAAAUUGUUAAAACGAUCAUUAUUGAAGUAUAAUUAAAUUCGAUUACAAAAUGGAUAAAAUUUUACAACAUGUGGCCAAAAAUGUUGAAAAACAACUGGACAGCGAGAUUGAACGACUGGACGCGUUGGAGAGCACGGACCUGGAGGCAAUCCGGGAGCAACGGCUGCAGGAGAUGAAGCAGCGGGCCAAGCAGAAGCAGGACUGGAUCGCCAAUGGGCAUGGAGAAUACACAGAACUGGACGGAGAAAAAGAUUUCUUCACCGUUUGCAACAAGAGCGACAAUGUGGUGUGCCACUUCUACAAGAACGGUACGGAGCGCUGCCGUAUAGUGGACAUGCACCUUAAAGUGCUGGCGAAGAAACACCUCGAGACUCGCUUUGUUAAGCUGGACGUGGAACGGGCACCUUUCCUUACUACUCGGCUCAAGGUCCGCAUAAUACCCACCAUAGGGCUGAUGAAGCAGAACAAGACGAAGGACUUUAUAAUAGGCUUCACUGACCUCGGGAACAAGGAUGACUUUUCAACUGAAAUGCUUGAGUGGAGAAUAGCAAGGUCGGAAGUGAUAGAAUAUUCCGGAGAUGUCACAAUUCCUCCAGCCGAAGCCAGGAAGCAGAAGAUGCUCAACAUCCAGAGCAAGAAAACUAUACGUGGCAAGUUGGAAGACAGUGAUUCCGACUUGAGUGACUAACAUGACUAGGAUAAAGUGAAAAAUGGACUCGAGUGACAGUGUAAAAAUGUGUUUAUUGAAUAUUUCUUAUUUAUAUGCCUGUUAUUUUCCCUGAGACAGUUGAAAAAUGUGUCAAUUCUUUUUUUUUUUUUUUAACAUAUUUGGAGUCAACAAAGUACAAUUACUAUUCUAAAUAUGUAUAUUUUGAAGAAAAUUAAAAUUUUACUAUUGAUUCCACGAAAAACUAAAAUCACUAGUUCAUUAUUUAUUUAAAUUUAUUUGCUAUUCAGAACAAAUAUCAUUCUUUAUUAAAGACUUGACGAGCUACAAGAAUAAUAUAGCAAUAUAGUAUUAAAGAUAAGUAUUUGUUCCAAAUCCAUAAUAACAUUAAAGAGGAAAGAUUUGUAUUUUUGUUUGUAAUGAAUAAACUCAAAAACUACUGGGCUGAUUUUGAGGCAGCACAGAGAUACGCAAAACCGUCAGGAGCGACAAACGCUACUUUUAUAGUUUUACCCGAGCGAAGCCGGGGCGAGACGAUAGUAGCAAAUAAAUUUGAGUAAAAAGAAAUACUAGGGGUUUAUUUUUGUUUUCGAUUGGUGUAAAUGUCUUCUAUCUGAGGCAGUACUAUUAUGCUUUAUAGGGCUAUCUGUGUCCAAAUUUGAAUGAAAUUAUUUAUAUAUUUAAUUAAAGAAAGGCACUGAGCUCUUGUUGCGCACGCACGGGCGUGAUUUCAACGCGCGUUAAAAAUGCAUUGUAAUGAAUUUUGAUUCAUGUAGACAAGCUUUAUUUUGCCAACUUACGCUGCAACAGAGGGAUGCACGCAUGUAGUGGAAAAAAGGUCCUUACUUUUUUUAAUUUAUAUUUAUCUCUCUCUCAAUCUCUUUCUGUGCAAACGUUUGUGUUUGCGAUGUGGUGCUGAGAAAUUAUUGUCGGAAUUGAGAAUUCACGCAGAUUUCCAAGACAUAUUCUCCUCAUUGAGGUAAUGAGGUUUCCUCUUGGGGUAAUAAUGUGAAGAAAAUUCUUGGCAAUCAAUGAGAAUAUUUCUUGAAACUUUCCGGGCAUUCCAAGCAAUGAAAACCACCAAAACGUGUGGAGUUUUUUUAUUACGCCCAUGCGCGGAUGAAAAGGGGGUCAUUCCACUUAUCGAAUUAUUUAUCCAAUAUUAUUAUUAAUGUGUUUUUGAUUACUGAAUGGUGCUUGUUACUCGUAUGGAAAUGAAUAUUUUAACAAUGCUUGACCAACAUUUAAAAAUUAGUUGUAAUAAUUAUAAUGUUCUGUAGAAAGUUUUUAGAAGUAACAACAGAAAUUGAAUUCUGAAUGUAUAGGUUUGAGACUGUACAGAUCAUAUUUCGAGUCCUUAUCAGUCGCUGACAAUGACAACAACAAGGUGGCCGAGCGCCAGCGCCACGCUGUCGCCGAACUCGGACACACGCCGACGCGAACGCGUAAAAAUUGUAGCAUGAGUGCUUUUGUAUUUUUUAUUUGAAUGUAUGCCGAACGACACCGGGGAGCUGGCAAUGCGGAUGUUAUAUCAAAAUGUUCUAUGUUUUAAGCCAGUGCAGUGUUACACAUGAAGCUAUAGGAAACAUCGGAGCCAGCGCCGUUGGCUUUUUGACGCAAGUUGCUUAUAUUGCCAUCUCUUUCAUCUGUGGUCCGAAUUAUAUUAUAUAUGUUAUUGCGAACAUUUUAGCACGUUGUGACGUCACUGCUACGUGUCAUUCAGCACGGAGCGUUUGGACGCGUCCAAAAACGUGUGAUUUUAUUUUCGUCAUAUCUUCGAAAGCAUUGUCAUUAUCGCAAUUUUUUUGCAUAAGAAUAGUUAUACCUUUCACCGCGCAAGGAGAGGUCGGGCCGCAGACGAAUGGGAUAGCAAUACAUGUACCCACUUUGGAUCAAAAAUUUCUUGGGAAUAUACCAUGAAACCUAGAACACGCGUCAACGUUAUUAACGUGCUGUGGUAGGCAUUCUGGCUCCAUCCUCACCUAUGGUUUUACUGUGUACAGGUGAUUGGCGGUGUUGCCUGCUGCCGUAUCGGUAGCUACAUUAGUUUCGCUAGUUUGGACAAGCAAAUUGUGUGAAUUAAUUCACAAAUUAAUUUUAAUAUACUCAAAAGAGUAUAUUCAUUCAUUAAAAUUAAUUUGUAAAAAUUAAUACCUAAUUAAUACAUAUAAAUUGUAAAAAUUAAUACAUAUAAAUUAAUUAAUAAAAAUUAAUACCA